UGGGAGGUUUUCUCUGUAUGACAACACCACUGAAAGAUUCUUCAUGGUGAGAUUCAGAGACUUGACGACAGAAGACACUGGGAAAUAUCACUGUGCUGUGGAUAAAGAUUGGUCUAUCGACGCUUAUACAGAAGUGGAUUUGAACAUAAUCGAGGAUACAUGCUGUAUGAAGGCCCUUACGUCUGUCUAUGAGGGUGAAACAGUGCGUCUCAGCUGCAAGUUCCCAGGAAUGUUUAAAAAGCAGCCCAAGUAUUUCUGUAAGGAGGAUGGGGGGCAGGGAUGUAAGUACAGCUUAUCAACCCACAAGGACCAAACCAGGGUUGGUGAUGAGAAGCUCUCUCUCCAUGACAACAGAGAAGGAGUCCUGACUGUGUCCAUCUCCAGCUUCAGCACCAGUGAUGCUGGGUCCUACUGGUGUGGGGUGGACAUGGGGGAUUAUGAGGCCUUGAUCACACAUGUGCAGCUGACUUCAACUACAUCAUCUUCACCACCAUCAUCAUCAUCACAAUCCUCAUCAGCAGCAACAGCAGUACCAAGAACAACCACAACUAUGUUGUCUAACUCUGGCCUGGUCGGCCCAGUAUGGGUGAGUGGAGCAGUACUGAUCAUCACCAUCAUCAUCACCAUCAUCAUCAUCAUCUGGAGAUGCAGGAGCAACAACGCACAGAGGUCCAUGUUAACGGCUAACUCAACCACGGCAGACACAGCAGCGGCUGUGCAGGUCUGAACAAGCAAUUCAUCAU